CCGGGCCUAGAGCCGCCCCCGGGAGGAGGAGGCGCCGACGGGGCUGAGCGGCCCCCCCUAGCCAGACUUCGCUGCACACCAGAGCGGCCCCCGGCCUCGGGACCGACCCGUCCGGAGCCGCUUCCCCCGCCUGGGACGGGGCCAGCACCGGGACCCGCGCGCCUCGGCAGCGUCCCCUGGGCGCCCCGUCCGGCAUGAGCCGCCAGGGCAUGGCCGCCCCCACCCAGACCCGCAUCCGCACGGAGCGCUUCGCCGACAGCUACACGCUGCUGGGCCGGGAGCUGGGCAGGGGCAAGUUCGCGGUGGUGAAGAAGUGCCUGGAGAAGGCCACGGGCCGGGAGUUCGCAGCCAAGUUCCUGCGGAAGCGGCGCAAGGGCGAGGACUGCCGGCUCGACAUCAUCAACGAGAUCGCCGUGCUGGAGCUGGCCGCCCGCAGCCCCCACGUGGUGGAUCUGCACGAAGUCUACGAGACGCCCGCCGAGAUUGUGCUGGUGCUGGAGUGCGCGGCCGGUGGGGAGAUCUUCCAGCAGUGCGUGGCGGAGCAGGACGAGGCCUUCACCGAGCGGGACGUGAUCCGGCUGGUGCGGCAGAUCCUGCGCGGCGUCGCCUACCUGCACCAGAACAACGUCGUCCACCUGGACCUGAAGCCCCAGAACAUCCUCCUGACCAGCAGCAGCCCCCUGGGCGACAUCCGCAUUGUGGACUUCGGGCUGUCGCGCCGGGUGGAUGCCGUGCGGGAGGUGCGCGAGAUUCUGGGCACGCCGGAGUACGUGGCCCCUGAGGUCCUGAGCUACGAGCCCAUCAGCACAGCCACCGACAUGUGGAGUGUCGGGGUGCUGACCUACGUCAUGCUGACGGGCGAGUCGCCGUUCCUGGGUGACACCAAGCAGGAGACCUUCCUGAACAUCUCGCAGGUGAACGUGCAGUUCCCGCCCGACGUCUUCCAGGGCAUCUCUGCCCAGGCCAUCGAUUUCAUCCGCUCCCUGCUCGUCAAGAACCCCAGGAAGCGGGCCAAGGCCGAGCAGUGCCUCCAGCACCCCUGGCUGGCCCCGGCCCCAGCCCCGGCGGUGGAGCUGGUGUCCCCGGUGCGGGCUGAGACGGAGCAGGCCCCGGCGAGCGAGGGCAGCAGUGGCCCCGAGGAGGACAAGGAGCUGGUGCUGGUGGCCUCCUACACCAUGCCCUGCCCCUGCCGGCAGCUGGGGGGCCUGGAGGGGCGGGAGACAGAGCUGCCUGGGGUGCGGAAGCCGUUCCCAGCCCUGCAGGAGAUUGCCCAGGAGCUGGUGUGCUGAGCCGGCCGCCCGCGCCCCCUCUGCCUGCUGCCUUGGAGAGCAGCACAUUUCCGAGCCUGCCCCGGACUCGGGAGGGACGGACCCCUGGAGGGGUGGCCUCCCUGGGAGCAGGAGCAGCUUCACCUUGGUCCCGGGGGAGCCAGACGGGCACCUGGGUCGCUCUGCCCCGCAGCCGCGGCUCCUGUGUACAUAGCGCUGCGGGGGAGGACGGAGCCUGCCAGACGGGAUAGGUUGGGUCACUGGGGGGGAGGGGAGCCCCCCACUGUCAGUGAUGGGGGACAGGAGCACCCGUUACCAGCAGGAGCUUGCUGGGGUCACUGCCCCACAGAGCUGGACCAGGCAGCGGCUGCAGGAGGAGACCGAGCCCCUGUGGCCUCUAUGGGAGACAAACACCUUGGAAAAGCCCUGGGGGUCACCCCUAGAUCCCCACAAUUCAAACAGCAAACCGAAAUCUGCGGCAGCUUCCCCCGGAGUUGGGCAGAGCAGCUGCCGGCGGGAGCACAGGGCCUGGCGGGGAAGAGGCUGCUUCAGCUCCGAACCCGGGAAGCUCCAUUUGGGGGCUACAGCACAGGGAUGCCCCCCGUCCUGGUGUGGGGCAUGGAAGGGCCCCACGGCCUGGCCCCACCUCACCCAGCAGCAGACCCAAGCUUUGCCUCUUGUUUCUGAAUUAGCAAAUAAUGUACUGGUCCACUUGGGCCGGGGGGAGGUCCACUGGGCCGCAGUGACUCACUGUUCUGUGCCAACGUGCUGGACACGUGGAGAGCCCUGGUGAGGGCAAGGGGCAGGUGGCACCAGGAGGUGGCAGGGCCACCAGAUUUCCACUGACACUCCAGGUGCUGAUUGCAGGGGAAACUGGAGCAGCCCCUGGUCUGCCUGCGUUCACACCUUGGCAUCAGGCCGCCAGGCAGGGACCGAACCGGGAGCUCCUGCCAGCGGGCGCCUGGCCCAGCAGGUGGUGCCAUUGGGCUCCCGCUCAGGGCAGCCCGUGGGGCAGCAGCCAGGGCCUGGCGCUCCCAGCUGCAGCCGCGCCCAGCGCUGGGCUUGGCGGAUGCCGCGGCCGCCCUGCCCGGUGCUGCCGCUUGCCACGUGGUUGCUUCAUGGCUUUGAAAUAAAGGAUUAAAGUUUCUCUCUCUAAAAA